AUGCCCCUAACAUUACCAACAGGGCCCAUUGAUCAGACCAUCUACAAAGGCUUCUGGAUCAAUCAAUCGCUUGGUACAGUCCGUGGCGCAACCCUCACACUUGAUCUUCAGGCCGGCGGUCUGGUCAUAGCUUUUCUCGCUUUAUUUAUUGCUGUCACAGCGCGUAGCGUCUGGAAGAUUACGCGAUUUCUGGUCUAUGCCAAUGACUCAACCCUCGGUAAGCAGGAUGGUGUCUAUCACCAGCGACAAGCCAUCUUGCGCAAUCAGCCGUUGGCACUUGAUGCCGUGAUAGACCUGUGUCGACUCAGUUAUGCCUGGCGAGAUCGCGCCAAAAGGAGCCAACAGCGUAUACUGCCGGUCAUUCUGAUAGCUUCUGCUAUCUCUGUUGUUUCUAUUGCUGCUGGUAUUUUGUCCUCGAGAAUUUUGACAAACUCGAAUCAAGAAGCUUUGAUAGCUGGCCAAGACUGUGGGGUGUACGCCCAUAAUGAAGACUUCCAAGUGUCUCACUAUGAACCCCUAAUGCUUUAUCUGAGUCAGAAAUCUGUCGACGCCUUUGGAUAUGCGAUACAAUACUACGACGGGGGCAACAUUGUCCAGAACGAGCUAUGCGAAACGUUUGUAAGACCCACGUUGCCCUUUACGUCAGACAGAAACGCCUCUUGUCCAUUUUCCGGGGGAAUCUGCAAGUCAGAUAUUGGUAACAUCCUCCUCGACUCAGGCGUGCUACACUCUCAAAUACACCUGGGCCUCAAUCAGAACCCACAGUUUACUCUUCGCCAUCAAACGCACUGUGCGCCUUUGGAAACAGCUGGCUUCACCGACACUGUCCUGAUCCCAAAUAGCUCCCAGACUCGACAGGUCUAUCGAUAUGGGAACAUAUCUGAUUCCGAGGGCAACAAAAGUCCUGUCUUUGCAGUUGAUAUUAGGUCCGAAAGACCAUCACUUGAUGACGUUACUGUUGGCAACUACAAAGUUGCAGUCGUGUUGCGGUACAGUUCUGAUAAAACUAUUGAGUUAAUAUCAGAACUAUGGAAACCCAAUGGGGCCGUGUCCUUGUUAUUUCUGGAUGCCUCGGAAGUCAUAUAUGUCAACAAGACAGAGGAUCCUUGGUUCUCGGCUACAACCUUGUUUGAUAACAGCUCUUCAGAUUCCAGUACGGACGGUACAGGUCCAUUUGUUGCUGACGAACCUGUUGGUGUAAUGGGCUGCGUAACUCAGAGGUUAUAUUGCAACCCGAACCUUCCCGAAGAUGUCGGAUGCAUUGAUGGUUUCGCUAUGGAUGAUCAUCAAUCUUCAUUGGACUUGUUCCAAAGCGUCUGGCCAGACGCAAACGAUCAGUCUGUGAUGCACGGAUUUGUGAAUACACUGAACAAUCAAGGCUUGUUAGAUGACCAUUAUUUCAUGCCAAGCUCACCAACCCUUCUAUCACGCAGUACCCUGGCGUUUAACUUGCAACUAGCAGCUAUACCGAAGGAUCGAUGGCAAGACGAGCGCGAACACUUAUACAAAGCUAGUCUUGCUGCUAUACAAUCUGCGAUGGUCGAUCAUGCUAGGGGACUUGAUUUUAGCACGAGCACAUAUUGUAUGGUCCUUAUCAUAGGAAGCACGCUGAUUCUCACAUCAAUAUUUGUGGAGGAACUUUUCGCCCUUUUUUUACGAUAUCCGCGCCUACGCAGUGCAAAGUUAAUAUACAGCUACUGCGAAUGGCAAGCCGGAUCCACCCUACAGUUGCAACGCCUAGCACAUGAGAACCUCGGUCUUGGAACCUGGACGCGCACGGAUGAGGCAAUACCAGUUACUGAGCCAGGAGACACUUUGGGCGUACUGGAAGUCACCGAUUCAAAGCACGUGCACAUGGUCAUACCAACCGAGGAACUCAACAGAGUUGACUCUGCAGCAGACUCUGCAAAAUUCAAUUUACUCGAUCAUGUAGUCGUCGAUUGA